CUCACUCACUCAUCCACCUCUAAAGGAACAUAUCACCUGUUUCUUUUCAUAUCUACAUCCAACCAAACUUCACAAUGUCUCCCACAAACGCCGAGUAUGCGCUCUCCGAGUCGCACAAGGAGAUGCUCGAGAAGUCUCUCCUCGACUCCGACCCCGAGGUUGCCUCCAUCAUGAAGGAUGAGAUCCAGCGCCAGCGCGAGUCCAUCGUCCUCAUCGCCUCCGAGAACAUCACCUCCCGUGCCGUCUUCGACGCCCUUGGUUCUCCCAUGUCCAACAAGUACUCUGAGGGUUACCCCGGUGCUCGUUACUAUGGUGGCAACCAGCACAUCGAUCAGAUCGAGCUUCUCUGCCAGCGUCGUGCCCUCGAGGCCUUCCACCUCGACUCUGAGAAGUGGGGUGUCAACGUCCAGUGCCUUUCUGGAUCUCCCGCCAACCUCCAGGUCUACCAGGCUAUCAUGCCUCCUCACGGUCGUCUCAUGGGUCUUGACCUCCCCCACGGUGGCCAUCUUAGCCACGGUUACCAGACCCCCGCCAGGAAGAUCUCUGCUGUCUCUACUUACUUCGAGACCAUGCCCUACCGUGUCGACCUUGACACCGGUAUCAUUGACUACGACACCCUCCAGAAGAACGCUAUCCUCUACCGCCCCAAGGUCCUGGUCGCCGGUACCUCUGCCUAUUGCCGUCUCAUCGACUACGAGCGCAUGCGCAAGAUCGCCGACUCCGUCGGUGCUUACCUCGUUGUCGAUAUGGCCCACAUCUCUGGUCUUAUCGCCGCUGAGGUCAUCCCCACCCCCUUCAAGUACGCCGAUAUCGUUACCACCACCACCCACAAGUCCCUCCGUGGUCCCCGUGGUGCCAUGAUCUUCUUCCGCAAGGGUGUCCGCUCCGUCGAUGCCAAGACUGGCAAGGAGACUCUCUACGACCUUGAGAACCCCAUCAACUUCUCCGUUUUCCCUGGUCACCAGGGUGGUCCUCACAACCACACCAUCACUGCCCUGGCUGUUGCCCUGAAGCAGGCUGCCAGCCCCGACUUCAAGGCCUACCAGGAGAAGGUUGUCUCCAACGCCAAGACCCUGGAGAACACCUUCAAGGCUCUCGGCCACAAGCUCGUCUCUGACGGAACUGACAGUCACAUGGUCCUCAUUGACCUCCGCCAGCACAACCUUGACGGUGCCCGCGUUGAAGCCGUUCUCGAGCAGAUCAACAUUGCUUGCAACAAGAACUCCAUCCCCGGUGACAAGUCUGCCCUUACUCCUUGCGGUAUCCGUAUCGGUACCCCCGCCAUGACUUCUCGUGGUUUCGGCGAGAAGGAGUUCGAGCGUGUCGGCAAGUUCAUCGACGAGGCCAUCAAGAUCUGCAAGGAGGAGCAGGCUGCCCUCCCCAAGGAAGCAAACAAGCUCAAGGACUUCAAGGCCCGCGUUGCCAGUGGUGAGGUCCAGAAGAUCAACGAUUUCCGAAAGGAGAUUGCUUCUUGGUGCAGCGCCUUCCCCCUCCCCGUUGAGGGUUGGCGCCUGGACGCCAGCAUCUAAGAUGCUCGGCACUAGAUUCUACUGCUCUUUCAUAGGUUAUCCAUCUCUCAACAUGAUGUGAUGCCUUAGCAUGGAGACGCAUUUAACAUGGAUGAGGCAAAUGGCGAAACGUUCAACAAGCAUGCAUUUCAUCACGGCGCAAAUACCUAGUUUUUUUUUUUUUAGUUUUGGGAAAGGAAUUUUACUUCAGAUCGGGAUAUGUGUGAGCAUCCUUCAACAAGAUGGAUCCGCUGGAAAAAGAUGGUGUGGGAGUUGGGUUACCUUAUGAUAUCUAGAAGAUCAUUUGAUCUUCUCUCUGGCCUUUUCGACAUCACAUCUAUGUGGUAUGGUGUCGAGACAAGCCAGAAACAACACUCCGUUAGGGGGUAGCAGACAGUUAAAAUACAACCAUUGGUUAAAUGUCUGAAAC